AUGGCACUGAAUAAUGUCUCAAUUUCGCAACAAAAAGGCAAAGGUCUUUCAAAUGAUCAGUUUUCAUCAUGGACAGAGAAUGUUCGUCAUCAACCAGUGAAGGAUCUGAAGUUACCAACCUGGAAUAAAUGUGGACGUGAUAAAAACCGUUAUGUUGUAUUAAAAGACGGGACUGCUCUCUGUGCUCGUUACAGGCAUCCUCUCAAUAAAUUGGUUCUUGGUGAAGUUUUGUCAUUUUAUUUAUCUAAAUUAUUAAAAAUGGAUAAUGUACCAGCAGUAGUAUUGUCUCAGUUAAAUCAAUCAUCACAUCAAUGGAAUCAACAUAAUUUAACAGCAGUAGAUUGGCAAACUGAUCAAUAUGUGGCUCUCAUCCAAUGGAUUCCUGAUAUGGACACAAGACAAUCGUAUGUGUAUAUGCCUAGUCAGAUAUUAGAAGGAUUAGAGAGUAAGUCAGUGGUAGAUGUAGUAUCAUUAGCUGAUGACAAUUUAACACCUACCGUAUUAUCUCAAUUAGUUCAAUGGGGUUCCAUGAUUAUUUAUGAUUAUCUUACUGCUAACUAUGACAGGGUAGGAAGUAUGCAAGAUGGAGCCUUCAGAGAAAAAGAUCCAAGUAUUUUGAAGGAACACAUUCGCAAUUUACGCAAAUCAGUCAAAACUUCUAAACUGUGGUUAAUUGACAAUGAAAGUGGACUAUUAGAUGCUUACGAUCUGUUGUAUAAGAGUGGCCAAAAUGGCAAACAAUUUGUGACAUUCCAUCAACAAAUGUUACAAACUAUGUGUAUAUUUGAAAAGCCACUUGUGAAGGCAAUAAGAUCUUUACAUAAUACUCCAGAGCCAUACCAGACUUUAGAAAACUUUGCACGGCAACAUGAGCCAUUGUUGGACCAAGUACCAAAAGACAAUUCUUACUCACUUUUUAAGACAAUGUUUUCCAAAAGAUUGACAGAUGUCUAUGAAUGGAUUCAAUUCUGUCAAUCCAGACAACUGUGA